AUGGGCUCCGACGACGAGAGGUCGAGCUCUCCCGCUCGUAAACUCUGCCACACUCUAGGCAGAAGCGGUAGCAAGAAGAAGAAGAGGUUCAUUCCCUUUAGAUCUACUUCAAACGCUACUCAGUCUAUGCAGCUUCCACCUCGCUUCUCCCCCGAAGACGAUUCACAAACCGACGUUUGUGCAGCUACGGAGGGGACACCCUUUAACAUGAACCAGAGCUUCUUCCAAAUCCUCACAGCGACAACUACUCGUAUGAGCUCUCGGUUCGGCGACGAGGAUUCGGAUGAUGAAGGUUAUACCCACUCAGAACCAACGACUCCUACUGCGGAGACUACGGGAAAAAAUAAAGCAUCUGCGGAUAAACACUUGGUUGAUAAGGGAUCUAAGCUUUUCCGUCUCGAUUCAAUAGAAGAGUCACGGAAGGGCAGGGAAAGGGAUGAUGAUGAUGCGGAUCCCAAUGAAGAAGAUACCUCCCCGUUGACCCGCGUCGUCUCCAAUAGCUCGGCUCCGUAUAUGAGUCAAAUUUUGCAAGCACAGGCGCAGAUGAACUCUGCGAAUUUUGCUGUUGCCGCUCAACUAAAAGAGGCUGAGAUGUUUGAGGAUGGUGAAGGUGAACCUAAGGAUCAUCCAGAUUUGGCGAAGAGACUUACGGAGAUCUUUAACCUCCCCCAGACAGAGGAAGUAAUAUCAGAGUAUCCCUGUUGGCUUCUGAAGAGUGUCUUGCUACAGGGCUAUAUGUACAUUACUACUCGGCAUAUAUGUUUCUAUGCUUACCUCCCACGGAAAGAUAACGUCGUCCUGAAAUCGGGCUAUCUAGCAAAACGAGGGAAAUCAAAUGUCAAGUACAACAGAUACUGGUUUAUCCUAAAAGGGGAUGUUCUCUCUUACUACACUGAUCCCUCCGACCUAUAUUUCCUCAAUGGCAAUAUUGACCUACGAUACGGCGUUCAAGCUAGUCUAGUAGAAGGCAAGGGCAAAGAGGGCACAGUAACCUUCAUUGUUGCUACUGACCAACGAAAGUACUGCUUCAAAGCCGAUUCCGCGGCAAGUGCCAAGGAAUGGGUCAAAGCGCUUCAAAAAGUGAUAUUUAGAUCGCACAAUGAGGGUGACAGUGUCAAAAUAUCGAUCCCCGUUGAGAAUGUGAUUGAAGUAGAAGAAAGUCCCGUCUUGGAGUUUGCGGAUACUUUUAAGUUGAAGGUUGUUGAUAACGGCGACACCUACGCUAUUGACGAGUACUUCUUUUCAUUCUUUAGUUUCGGAAAGGACGCGUUGAAUGUGCUCCGAUCCGUAGUCGAAGAUUCACCUGCGUCAAAACUACCAAAAGACAUAUUCACGGGCUCUGCGCCUGGGUCACCCAAACUCAGUGCUCCAUCGGCGGCAACCCCGGUUCUAAAGGAGCACGUACGCGAUACUCUGUCUCCACCGUCCCCAGCAGACAGUGGUAGAGCGAGUCCAAGGCCAAGCGGAGAAUUUUCUCGUCCUAGUAUCGAGUUUGGUCGUCGCAGCCUCGACAUCAGCCAGGAAUCACUCAGACGAUCAGGGUCACCCGCCCGGCAUAGCACGGAUUUAAAUCGCCAUACCCGAACUUCCGGUGCCUCUCAACCAACCUCUCCAAACCGGCCCUUCUCCUCCGAGUCGAUUAUCCAAUCCUUCGGAGAAUCCUCGGACGCCAUCAGGUUAUCUUCAGAUGAAGAAUAUGGGAACUCUGCUAGCAACAUUUUGGAUCGUAGUGAUGUUUUUCAAUCGCCUACUCUUAAGAAGCCAGAUCAGAGCGAAGACCUUCGGAGAUCUAACUCUGCCAAAGGGGCAAGAACAUACUCGCCCCACCCCAGGCUGAGGCUUGGUAGUGGGAAAAAGACCCGGGGGUCUACCACGGGGUCGGGUUCUGAUACCGAAGCUACUGGAAAGGCAUCUCCACGCCUUCAGGACAUUGCUAAGUCAGGGAGUUUUCCUCUACAACGUGCGGCCGAUUGGGCCGAUUGGAUGAAGAAACGCUCCAAGAAGGUGGGGGUCAUGAUAGCUGCACAGCCUAUGAGUUACUUGGAGAAGGUGUCUGAUAUGUGGGUCGGGGGGAGAAGGCAUUAUGGUGGAGGGGCCAUGGGUAUGAUGCCGAAUGAAGAAGUCGAGGAUGUCGAUGACGAUGACGACGAGACCUACCAUGAAGAGCGGUUCAGGGCACGUUUUUCACUGCCGUCCACAGAGAGGUUGCAGGCAGUAUACUUUGGGUAUCUACACCGAGUCUUGCCGUUGUAUGGAAAAAUUUAUCUGAGUAAUCGCAACUUUUGUUUCCGGAGCCUCCUACCAGGGACCAAAACUAAGAUGAUUUUACCCUUGAAAGACAUCGAGAACGUGGGCAAGGAGGAGGGAUUCCGGUUUGGAUACUCAGGGCUUGUGGUUACAAUCCGGGGCCAUGAGGAAUUGUUUUUCGAGUUCGGGAACGUCGAGACAAGGGAUGACUGUGCCAUCACCUUGUUGCAAGGCCUGGACGAUCUGAGGGUACUUCAGCAAAGCGGGAUUUUGACGCGCGAGGAGAAGGAAGGGGCGGAAUUGGCAAAGCAAGAGCACCAAAUGCUGCAAGAUGCACGCCAGAUAGGUCACAACAUCCAUGAUACCCAACUUCCAACUGCCACAAACGAGGCGAACUGCCCACUCAACGCGCCACCUAUCGUUUUCGACGAUCCCCAUGGAUCUAUAAUUAAUUUUAAGCCCGCAGAAUCCAUGAGGAUUACUUGUUUAACGAUUGGCACACGGGGUGAUGUCCAGCCCUUCAUCGCCCUUUGCAAAGGGUUCAUGGCUGAGGGCCACAAAACCAGGAUUGCGACACACCUAGAGUUUAAGGACUGGAUCGAGGGCUUUGGCAUCGAGUUUGCGCCAGUUGAUGGCAACCCUGCAGAGUUGAUGGCGAUAUGUGUUGAAUAUGGCAUGUUUACUGUCGAUUUCAUGAAACACGCUACAUCUACGAUGCGAGGUUGGCUUGACGGCUUGCUCCUGAGCUCCUGGAUAGCCUGCCAAGGCUCUGACCUUCUGAUCGAAAGCCCCAGUGCUAUGAGUGGAAUUCACAUCGCAGAGGCCUUGGGAAUCCCAUACUUCCGCGCUUUUACUAUGCCUUGGACUCGAACUCGGGCUUAUCCCCACGCUUUUGCUGUUCCAGAGCAUAAGAUGGGAGGAGCAUACAAUUACUUCACAUAUGUAAUCAUUGACAACGUGUUUUGGAAAUCCACAGCAGGCCAAAUCAACAGAUGGAGAAAAAACCACCUGGGGCUUCCUAGCACUUCGCUAGACAAAUUACAACCCAACAAGGUUCCGUUCCUGUAUAAUUUCUCGCCUUCAGUGGUUAUACCCCCGCUCGAUUACAGCGAUUGGAUCCGCGUCACAGGUUACUGGUUUUUGGACACCCAAACUGAUUGGAGGCCCUCAGUGGAGUUGACGGAUUUUAUUCGGAAAGCUCGUGAGGAAGGAAAGAAGCUUGUCUAUGUCGGAUUCGGGUCUGUCACUGUGGCCGAUCCACAUGCAAUGACACGGACAGUUGUAGAAUCAGUAUUGAAGGCAGACGUGAGGUGUAUCUUGUCCAAGGGCUGGUCUGACAGGCUUUCCAAGAGCAAGAGUGCGGAAGAGCCAGAGGUUCCCAUACCGCCGGAGAUUCAUCAGAUCAAGUCCGCCCCCCAUGACUGGCUUUUCAAACAGAUCGAUGCCGCUGUACACCAUGGCGGUGCUGGAACCACUGGCGCGAGCCUUAGGGCAGGAAUCCCAACUAUUGUCAAACCAUUCUUUGGAGACCAAUUCUUUUUUGGCAAUAGGGUCGAAGACCUCGGAGUUGGGAUCUGUGUCAAGAAACUCAAUACUAGUGCAUUCUCGAAGGCGCUCUGGGAAGCAACUCAUAACGAGAGGAUGAUAGCCAAAGCAGGUUUACUGGGAGCACAAAUCCGGAAGGCAAUGGAGACUGCAAUUCAAGCAAUCUACCGCGACAUGGAGUAUGCCCGUACUCUUAUCAAGAAGCAUACAACGGACACCCACGAUGAAUCGGAAGAGUCGUGGACGUUUGUUGGGGACGACUCUGAGCCUGAGCAGCCCCAUCGCCAUGCAACUAUUUAGAAGGUUCCUAUCAGCAGAUUUGCUGAUUUUAGACGUCUUUUUGCUGUUAUCUUCUCUUUUCUUUUUUCCGGGGGGUUAUUGGAACUCGAAGGUUGGUUGGUUGAAAGGUUUGGUGGGGAGUAUAUUCAGGGAGGAUGAGAAGGGCACUGCCGGUUUUU